AUGUCUGGGCGUAGUGUCGCACAAAUGUCUCCUAGCACCCGAAACAAAAAGACCAAAGGAUUAGGGCUGAAGCGUCCUUCGCAUGCUACUAGUAUACAAAGCCCUACCAGCGGCUCGUUACUGGGAUCUCCUCGAGAAGGAACCAUUGAGCAUACUCAGUCCGAAGAGAUGAUGGCAGCCUGCUUUCCUUCCUACUGUGCGAUGUGCGAGAAGGAGAUUUUGUACGCUUCCAAUCCACUCUACUGCUCUGAGGCCUGUCGACGCAAGGACUCAGCCAAACCACUCUCAGCAGCCAACAUCACGUCCACCUCAAUGUCGCCCCCCACGACACCUCCCUCUCUGCCGAGACUUCAGGUCCGAACCCCAACUGGUGUGACGAUCAGCACAGACCCUUCUUCCACCAGGAAACCUGCCGACAACCACUCCUUCAAGUCAGAUCUUGACCCGACCGAAUGGAAGCCCAAACCGACACGAGGUGAACGUCCAGUCUCGAGCCGCUACAACUCCGAGGCUUUUCGAUAUUUGUCUUCAUUCCAUCGCAUUAUCAACAAGAAUAACGAAAGUAAUGACCACAAUGAUACCCCAAAUGAGAUCAGAAUAGAUGUUGCAAACACAAGAAUUGCUACCGUUACUGCUCCUACAACCCCUAGCUUGGGCAAUACACCGACCACGACCGCUAGUAGCUGGAGCCUGAGCACGAGUGCUGGUUGUGCGGAUGUGGGGAAUGGUGCUUACGACUUCAAUACUCGACCUUUGGCACCACGACACAACCGAUGGUACUCUACCAGCGUCAUUGCUGGAAGUGGCAUCGAUCUAGUCACCCCUCAUAUUGCACCUCCAGCUGCUUCAUAUAUGGAGAAGGAUGUCACCACUGCUGGUGCGGCAAGAGGUGGACUUGGUGCCUUCUUUGGUGCUGGCGAGGACUAG